AUGCUUGCCCACGACUUCGGCGACCUCCGCAUCUGGGGCAUCCGGUCCUUCGACAAGUCGCUCAUCCGCAUCCGCCACGUCCAGCCCGUGCGCGCUGCCGCGUUCUCGCCUAGCACCACCAAACCGAUCCAGGCAAUCGUGGGGCUGGACAACGGCAGCAUCUACAGGUGGGACCUCAAGAUGAGCCACAAAGGCCAGCUCAGCCGUAUAACAGCAACCCACUCUGGCGCCGUCCUCUCCCUCGACUGGAUUGGCUCGAAUGCAAGGCUUUGGGCGACGCUGUGUGCAAGCAUGUUCAUCAGGGCUUGA